UUUUAACCCAUGUGUUGAUCAAUGCUGCCAAGUCAUCUCUGAAUGGAUGGAUGGUGCUUCUGACGAAGCUUGACACAUCCGAUGGGCGAUUUCGGAUUGGCAGAGGAAGAUGCAGCUCUUGAAGCACUUUGUGGCAGCAUAGGCUUGGACCUCUUGCAGCGAGAGGGAUCGGACGCUGAAAAGCGAGACUGGUCUGUCCGAGUGAAAGCACAGCAAGAGGCCGCGCCACUGCCAAGGACCGAGGCUCGCAUGGAUGCAAGCACUCUCCAGCUUACUGAGAAGGCCUGGGAGCUCCGUCUGGCCGGGGACCGUUGCUUCAGUGAAAGCCACUUCACCCAGGCUGUCCGCAACUAUGAGUGGGCGAUGGACGUGCUGCGUCCUGUUCCUGUCGAACAUGCUGGACCCAGCAGGUGUGCUUUGCUGUUGAAGUUGGGCCGCUGUUUCUUGAAAUCCGAUCUCCGUCGGAACUUUUCUAUGGAUCCUCACAGAGCCCUGCGCUGCUGUGAGCAAGUGAAGGAGAAUGACCUUCAUGGAACCUGGCAGGCCGAAGCACAGUGUCUGAAAGAGGAGGCAUUUGCUCUACUUCCAGACGGCACAGGAGAGGCCAUGACCUUUGGCUACAGCAGUCAGGCUCCCAGGAAGACAGCCAUAAGUUCCAGGCAAAUCGAGCCUAAGAGGCGCAGCAAGAGCAAUAACACGGUCUAUUGCUUGGAGCUGAACUCGGUGCAAACCUUCAACAUGCUGGACACCACCCUCACUGACGACCUCUUCUUUGCGAUGGAUGCCAUCAAGGAAGACAGGAUGAGACGUGGAUAGAGAA